AUGGCGAAUAACAUUGUAGUUCUGGGAGCUGGUGUGUCUGGUUUGACCACCGCAUAUCUACUGUCGCAAGACCCCGCCAACAAGAUUACUGUGCUGGCAAAACAUAUGCCUGGGGACUAUGAUAUUGAAUAUGCGUCCCCAUGGGCCGGUGCCAACUAUAUGCCGGUUGGAAAAGAGGGAAGUGCUCACCAUAAAUGGGAGCGCGAUACCUGGCCUGCAUUGAAAGAAAUCACAGAGAAAUACCCUGAGGCCGGUAUCCACUUCCGAGGCACCUUGAUCUACAACCGAAAGAAGGAUCAAGAAACAGACACCGGAAAGUGGUUCUCGGAAUUGACCCAGCCAAACCCGUGGUAUAAAGACGUUGUGCCUGAUUUCAAAAACGUCCCCUCUGGUCAAUUAGCCCCCGGAGUAGACAACGCCCAGGAGUUCACAUCUGUCUGCAUAAACACCGCCGUCUACCUACCGUGGUUGGUCGGUCAGUGCGUCAAGAACGGCGCCGUCUUCAAGCGAGCUGUGUUUAAGCAUAUCGCCGACGCGGCUAAUGCCCACCACGGCGGACAGAAAGCUGAUGUGGUGAUCAACUGCACCGGCCUAUCCUCCAAGACCUUAGGCGGUGUUCUCGACGACAAAAUGUAUCCCGCCCGCGGCCAGAUCGUCGUGGUCCGGAACGACCCCGGUCCCAUGAUGUCGACGUCCGGGACCGACGACGGAGAAGAUGAGGCGUUGUACAUUAUGACUCGUGCUGCAGGUGGUGGCACGAUCCUUGGUGGCUCUUAUCAAAAGCACAACUGGAAUGGAAUCCCGGAUAUGAACCUUGCCAAUCGCAUCAUGAAGCGUUGCAUCGAUGUCUGCCCCAGUCUCGUUAAAAAGGGACAGGGAAUUGAGGGGCUGGAUAUCAUUCGCCAUGGCGUUGGCCUCCGACCCCUGAGAGAGGGUGGCACCCGUAUUGAGAAAGACAAGGUUAACGGCGUGGCAAUCGUUCACAACUACGGCCAUGGAGGAUUUGGCUAUCAGGCCUCCUUCGGCUGUGCAUAUGCCGCUGUCUCUUUGGUCAAGGAGGUCCUGCAGAACAAAUCCCGCGCUAAGCUGUGA